AUGUGGUGGAGCCCUCCUGUCCCCCAGGAUGUGGUGGAGCCCUCGCUGUCCCCCCGGGACGUGGUGGAGCCCUCGCUGUCCCCCCGGGACGUGGUGGAGCCCUCGCUGUCCCCCUGGGAUGUGGUGGAGCCCUCGCUGUCCCCCCGGGACAUGGUAGAGCCCUCAAUGUGCCCCCUGGAUGUGGCAAAUGCUUCUCAAGAGGCGGACGGGAAGGCGGGAGAGGAGAAGCCUGAAAAGCCGCAGCGAGUUGGAGCCGCCGGAGGACCUGAAGAAGAAGCAGAAAAACCUGUGAAAACUAAGACUGUGUCUUCCAGUAAUGGAGGGGAACGUUCCAGUCGCAGCGCUGAGAAGCGAUCAGCUGAAGAAGAAGCUGCAGACCUCUCAACAAAGCCUACAAAGAUCUCCGAGUUUGGAUUUGCCAUAGGUAGUCAGACAACUAAGAAAGCAUCAGCCGUAUCCAUCAAACUUGGAUCAGGUAAGCCUGAAGAAACUGUUCCAGCUCUUGCUCCAAAAACCCUUUCAGUAGCAGCAGCUUUUCAUGAAGAUGAAGAUAGUGAACCAGAGGAAAUGCCUCCAGAAGCAAAGAUGAGGAUGAAGAAUAUUGGAAGGGAUACACCAACCUCAGCUGGACCAAACUCUUUCAAUAAAGGAAAGCAUGGGUUUUCUGAUAACCAGAAGCUGUGGGAACGAAAUAUAAAAUCUCAUCUUGGAAAUGUUCAUGACCAAGACAAUUAAAUGAUGUGUUUUGAAAUUGGGGUAUGGGGUGGGUGUAAAGUUAAAAGGAACAGUUUCCUUUUUUAAAGAAUGGUAUAAGACUAUCUUUGGAGCCGCUUUUUUUCCUUUUUCGUUUUUGUUUUUGUUUUGUUUUGUUUCUUAAGAUUGAGUGGUACACUCAUAAAUGAGAGUUUGAAAUUAGAAGUAAUUUAUGUUUUAUAUACAGAUUUCAAGACAUUUGCUAAUUUUGUAGUUUCAUGUGAUUAGUUUCCAAAGGUUACAGAUAAUAAAGAAAUCAGAAAUGGUACCUUUUUAAGAAUUGCAUAUUUUUUUUAGGCACAACUAUUAGCACAUUAAGAGGGAAACAAAAGUUACUAUCUUUUUAAAACUGCAAGCAGUUACUCUCCUAACUUAACUCCCUCAUUACCUAAACUGUCUGGCUCCCAGGAACAGCCUUAUAGAGAGAAGGGAGUAUUGUACUGAGAGGAAAAUGUUACUGGACUAUUGACUGAUAAUAAAUUUAGAUAAAAUUAAAA